AUGUCUAGAGACGCUCAAUUCAACAGGACUAACUAUAACUCUCGUGGUGGUGAUUUCCGCGGUGGUAGAGGUUCCGAUAGGAACUCUUAUAACAGAGACAACAAUGGUUUCAACGGUGGUUUCAAGAAUUCUCGUCCUUUCCAACAAGGUCCUCAGGAAUUGAUUAAACCAAACUGGGAAGAAGAAUUACAAAACUUGCCUACUUUCGAAAAGAACUUUUAUGUUGAGCAUGAGUCUGUUGGUAACAGAUCUGAGGCAGAGAUCGCUCAAUUCAGAAAGGAAAAUGAAAUGACUAUCUCUGGUCAUGACAUUCCAAAGCCAAUCACUUCUUUCGAUGAGGCUGGUUUCCCAGAUUAUGUGUUGAAGGAAGUGAAAGCAGAGGGAUUUGACAAGCCAACUGGUAUUCAAUGUCAAGGUUGGCCAAUGGCUUUGUCUGGUAGAGAUAUGAUCGGUGUGGCAGCUACUGGUUCAGGUAAGACUUUGUCAUACUGUUUGCCUUCCAUUGUUCAUAUCAACGCCCAGCCUUUGUUGGCUCCAGGUGAUGGUCCAAUUGUGUUGGUCUUGGCUCCAACCAGAGAGUUGGCCGUGCAAAUUCAAAAGGAAUGUUCCAAGUUCGGUAAGUCUUCUAGAAUUAGAAACACCUGUGUCUACGGUGGUGUUCCUCGUGGUCAACAGAUCAGAGAUUUGGCUCGUGGUGCUGAGAUUGUGAUCGCCACUCCAGGUAGAUUGAUUGACAUGUUGGAGAUCGGUAAGACUAAUUUGAAGAGAGUUACCUACUUGGUUCUUGACGAAGCUGACAGAAUGUUGGAUAUGGGUUUUGAACCUCAGAUCAGAAAGAUCGUUGACCAAAUUAGACCAGACAGACAAACUCUGAUGUGGUCUGCUACUUGGCCAAAGGAAGUUAAGCAAUUGGCUAGCGAUUAUUUGCACGAUCCUAUUCAAGUGCAAAUUGGUUCUCUAGAAUUGGCUGCUUCUCAUAACAUUAAACAAGUUGUCGAAGUUAUUACCGAUUUCGAAAAGAGAGAUCGUCUAACUAAACACAUGGACAUCGCUUCUCAGGAUAAGGAAUCCAAGAUCUUGGUUUUCGCUUCUACAAAGAGAACUUGUGACGAGAUUACCAAAUAUUUGAGAGAUGAUGGAUGGCCUGCACUUGCCAUUCACGGUGAUAAGGACCAAAGAGAACGUGACUGGGUUCUGAACGAAUUUAGAACAGGUAGAUCGCCAAUUAUGGUGGCUACUGAUGUCGCAGCCAGAGGUAUUGAUGUCAAGGGUAUCAACUAUGUCAUCAACUAUGACAUGCCAGGUAACAUUGAGGAUUACGUUCAUAGAAUUGGUAGAACCGGUAGAGCAGGUGCCACUGGUACUGCCAUCUCUUUCUUCACCGAAGCUAACAAGGGCCUGGGUUCUUCUUUGAUCUCAAUUAUGAGAGAAGCUAAGCAAGAAAUCCCACAAGAAUUGUUGAAGUACGAUAGAAGAUCCCACGGUGGUCAUCCAAGAUACGGUGGUGGUUACGGAGGCCGUGGUCGUGGCCGUGGUGGCUACGGUGGCCGCGGCCGUGGUGGUUACGGUGGUGGCGGCCGUGGUGGUUACGGUGGUGGCCGCGGUGGUUACGGCGGUGGUCGUGGUGGCUGGGGAAACAACGGUUACUAG